AUGCGGCCAAUCACAGAUUGUGAAAAAGAAGUAAUUGAAGAGUGGAUAUCUAAGCAAGAUCACACUAUUUGCUUUUAUGCAACGAAUAUUGGCACAAAUCAUCAUCCCAACUUUUUACUUCAGUAUAUAUCCUUAUCUAAAGAUGGGCAUAAACUUUCUAAAGAGCCUAAAGAAUUAAAUUCUUUCAGAGAAUUG